UUUUGCCAAUGUAAUGUCGGAGGAACUUGUUUAUCCAGCUGAUUGGUGCUAUGCAGCUUCCGCAUUUGCGGUUCUGUUCUGCAUUUUUGGUGUUUUGGGAAAUUUAUUGACAAUUAUCGCGCUGCUAAAAUGCGAAAGACUCAGAAAGCAUGCAACAACGUCCUUCCUACUCUCACUUACCUUCUCGGACUUCUUAUUCUGCGCAAUAAUGAUGCCUAUGCAAGCAGUACGUUAUUACUAUCAAGCAUGGACAUUCGGUGACUUUCUGUGUCAAAUAUUUCCAUUUGUGUUCUACAGCAACGUUUGCAUUUCAAUGUUAUCAAUGAUUCUCAUGACUAUCAAUCGCUACAUCCUCAUCACGUUUCAACAUUUAUAUCCGAAAAUUUACACAACAAAAUUGAUUAUCGUUCAAUUGUUUUGUGCUUGGUUUAUUGCCUUUUUAAUUAUGUUCUUUCCGCUGUCGGGCUUGUGGGGCGAGCUUGGUCACGAGCCAAAAACAUUCUCAUGUACAAUACUCAAAAAGGAUGGAAAAUCACCAAAAACAUUCAUCUUCCUUGUUGGAUUUUUAUUGCCGUGUUUCAUCAUAAUUCUGUCAUAUUCAUGUAUAUUUAAUACGGUCCGUAAGCAGCAUGCAAAAUUAAAUAAAUUUGACACGACGAGUCCGAAUAAAAGUAAAUUAAAAUUCUUCCGUAAUAAAAAUGAUUUGCGAUUGACAAUCAUGAUGCUGGUCAUUUUCUUGUGCUUCAUAAUGUGCUUCCUUCCAUUAAUGUUAGUGAAUGUAUUCGAUGAGAAAGAUAUGAAAUAUCCAGCAUUUCAUGUGAUGGCAUCUGUUUCUGCGUGGUCGUCUGCUGUCAUAAAUCCAAUUAUAUAUGCUGUUGGAUCGUCGCAGUAUCGAAAUGCAUACAAAAAUCUCUUUGUGAGAAUUAAAACGUGGAAAAGUUCAAAUAGUUCAGGAAAUAAUAAUAAUAAGAAUCUACACAUUUCUCGAUCACAUACGGCUGAUCCGAGCUCAAUCAUACAUAAUGUCAACAUUAAAAUCCCUGGUGAGGGAAUUAAGCCAAGUUCGAGCUGCUUGGAAGUAACAUAA